AUGUCGGCAGGGGAGGGUCUGUGUUCAAGCGAUUCAAGAUCAACGGGGUUCGGCAAACGAGUGCUUGACCCCAGAAACUUGAAGGGGCGGGCAGCAUGA